AAGAAGGUGCAAGAAAAAUGUCUUGUAGAAGAUGCCAAAGAAGAAGACUGCAAAGAAGACCCUUUAAUGCAAGAGCUUCUUGACACUUAUGGGGACACCCCACUACCUGUCUUGAGUGAUAAGGAAGAUCAGAAUGAAGAAGAUGAAGGACAGGAGGAUGAAGCGAAGGAGGAAUGUGACAUAUUAUUGGAUGGAAAAAGUGUGGUAACACCAGUUGAGAAGGUAGUGGUGUCAGAUGAUGUUGAGACCCUUUUGCAUGAUGGUGAUUCUCUUCUUGGUGAUAGAGGCAACCUUGCAGAGGCGGCUAAGACAGAUGUUGUGGAUAAUUCUUCUGCAUGCCGAGUACAUUGGGAGAUAGCCAAUGAAGAACCAUCAGCUCCAAACUUUGAAAAUCUGCGGCAACAACUUGUCCAGAUUGAGCCAUACAUGGAAGCCCAACGACAGAUGAAGGAGUUGAUGAUAGAGGAUGCCACUGCAAAAGAAUAUAGUGAGAAUGCCCCUUGUCCAAGUGCCCCUAUCAUUGAUGGAGAUUUGGAUGAUAUUCAAUAUGCAGGAGUGGAAGCAAGUGCUCCAUGCCUGGCUGAAGAUGAGGCAAUAACAGAGUCUGAAGACAUGAGUCAGUAUCCUUCAGCCACAGCUCCUUUGCUCUCUGAUCCAGUCCUAAGUGGUGCUACAUAUUCAGCCGAUAGUCAAGUACGUGUAGAAGAGGAAAGUUCACACAUUAAAACCAAAAUCACUUUGUCAGAGGACUCAGUCAUUAAACCAAUGACAGAUGUUCAAAUAAAUGCUCUUUACCAAAAUAAUGAACUAGAAGAAAAUGACAAAUACAUUAUAACAUUUCUGGAGGAAGAGAGAAAUGUCCCACAACUUGAGUUUUAUGAGCUUGUAUUAAAUUAUCUGCGCUCCAGAACGAGUUUGAUAAGCAGCCAAAAAGAAUUAUCAACAGUACUAGAAGAAUACAGAAAACAGAUGAAAAAUAUCUGGGUGUUUGAGAAGAGGACAGGAACUGAAGAAGGGGAGUGUGAAGAUGGUAGACUCCUGACAGUCAAGCAUGAUUAUGAAGUUGCUUGCUUUAAGGAGGAGAUUGUAACUCAUGUUGCAAAGCAGCUGAAACAGUCAAGAGAACUCCUCUCAGAAUCUUAUGCUCUCCAUGCAUAUACCUCUGAAAUGGCCAAGCUGCAAGUUGAGAACCACAUGCAGAAAAUCUUGAGUGACUGUCCUGAAUUCAUGCAGGUCCCCAAAAAUGCAAAGAUCAAAGCAAGUGGCAUCAAAGAAUAUAAACCACAUCUGCAACCCCAUAUCAAGAAGCUGAAGAUGUGUAUUAGUGUACUGUUUGCAUUCCAGCGCAGGGGAGUAAAGGACCAGCAAUUUAUCCGUGACACAAGACAAUGGUUAACAGACUUCAUAGCCAUUCUCCACAGGUUUGCAACCUGUAGAGACCACCUCUUCCUUCUUAAUCAUAUCAUGCGAUGUCCAGCAGGAGUAGGGUCUUGGGCCUCAGCAUACAUUCAGAUUGGAGGCCCAUGGGAAACGGACAUCAUUGGUAGAGUCCUUGGAUGUUGGCCCCUAGAUCACUCCCUCACUGUUCUUUCUACAAUUCUUAGUCCUGUAAGCAGCAGAGAGGAUUUCCUCCACCACCUCAAGCAAAGUGCCUUACCCUCUGGGGAUCCAGUUGAUGAAAAUUCUGGAGAUGAAAGGCCUUCUGAUACUGUGUGGGUGGUUGUUGAUAGCUCUGGGGAAGAGGAAGAAGAUCCCACACAACUGUGGGCUAUGUUCACCGAGAAUGAUGUUGUUCAGUUGUUGAACCAAGUACCAUUUAAGGAGAUCUUCCAACAUAUGUUAAUGAUUGAGGAUGUGGAUGGUUCUCUCCAAUACGACGUGUCUCGCACCAGUCACCAUGGCCUCAUGAAGCUCUUUGCCUUUGCUACCAUUCUAAUCAACUUGUUUUGCAAGGGCCUUUCUACAUUCUCAAUGAUGAGGUAUCGAGGGGCCACGAAACGUAUCUGUAGACUACUGCGCCACACAGUAGAGUAUGUAACUGACCACUGGCAGAAUUUCCUUCUACUUUACCAGUCAUCACCGCAACAAAUAUCUGACAUGAAUCAGGCAUCUAUACAUUGGACAUCAUUACAGGUAGAGUAUGAUCAGUUGUUUGAAAAGGCCGUUCACAGCAUUAUUAGUAGUCCAAGAUCUGGUGCAUGGCAGUUCCUUGCUGUCAUUCCAUACAGAAGUGUGUCUCUUUCAAGAUUAUGGAAGAUUGUCUACCAGAUUCAUGUUGGCUGGAGUGAAGAAUCCAUUGAGAACAGUGAGAAAUUAAGUGCUGAAAAGGCUUCAUACAGUGACUGGGCAGAACUUGUAUCUCACUCAGAUACACGGGGUCAGUUUCAUGACCGUCUCGUGAAGAUUGAGGAAAAUGAAGCCUUGUACCUCCUAACAGCAUUGGCUAACAUGGCAGUCGAACGUGAAUCAACAGAGAGUCAUUUUGUUGAAGUUAUUGUGAACAACAUUUUUGAAGCAACAUUUGUCAAUGAAGGAACCAGAGAAGCCCUGAGCAGGAUUGGUAGAGACCUGCUGUCAUCUGUGGCUUCAAACCAUCCCAUUUCUGUCUCAUACCUCCUAACAACCACUCAGGAGAAAAUAUCUAGUGUGGGAAACAUGGCUCUCUACCUCUUCCGUGCUCUUCCACUGGAACUGUGGGAACCUUCUGCUGAUGACAUUACAUGUGUGUCUCAUUGGCUGCUCUUCACACCUGUUGCCAGUAUAGAAAACCAGCUGGCUAGAAUUGUUCUGAGUAAGCUCAACUGGGGCGAAAACGCUUAUGGAAUACAACUUUUUCUGCCUCCCGAGCUACAUCGCAGGGUUGCACUGACAGUAUUAGAAGCUCACCUGAAGGUGUCUCGUGAGAUGCGACAAGGCAGUCUUUUAACUGAAGGCGUCAAGCAAGUUACCUCUGUCAUGUAUGCACCUUCAGUAGAGCAGGUGUUUUGUGAUUGGUCAUGGGAAAUUCUCACCUGCCUUAGACUGCACCAGCUUGACCAGCCUGAGCCCUGGGUUCAUGCUGUCAUAGCUUCACCUGCUCUAAUGCUGAAAGAUAUUCCAGACCCUACUAAUUCUGCAAUUACUCAGGGUUCAUCUUUAAAUGCAGUUAAAAGAGGUCUGAUGGACAAGCAACCCCUUGCCUUGUUUUCUGCUCUGCUUUUGACAUCUUGGGGACACUCUAUUCCUGAGUUCUGUGAACACGGAAUUGACUGCAUCCAUGAGCUAGUAAUGCAAGGUAUGUAUGAAGCAGCCAUUGCAGCCAUGGCCCACAUCAUGCCCCUGUUCUUCAACCAGCCUGAGGACAUCACAACACAUUCCAAGAUGAUGACUGCUGUUCAGAAAUGUUUAACAGCAGAUCAAACAUAUAUGACGCUAGCCAAAAGCCUCGUCACAUCUGCUUUUCCUGGAAAGGUUCUGAGUCUGUUUGCUGCCAUGAUUGUUCAUCACAUUAAGAAUUACUCAAGGUAUUGUCUGUCAUCAGGCUUGUUAGCUGUCAGAUUCUGGCAACAGAUGCUGGUGGGAGUACCAGACUGGGUGCAUGACAGCAAUGUGCUCUUUCUUUUAGAUACCAUCUGUCAACAUGCCUUUAUCCAACCACAGUGUUGGCAAGAAGCAAUCUCUGGUUUCUCUGAAAUAAUGAAGAACUCAGAUUAUCAACAUAAUGGAGGUAGUGGCCUUAGUGGUCUGCUGUCUUGGUUGACAUCAGGAACAACAGCCCCUAAUUCAUUACUAGUGCGAUCUUCAGCACCACAAUUUCCCUGGUUCACUAUUGCUGUACUUUCUUUGGAGACUCAGGGAGAAUUGGCUUCAGGGCUUUGGAAGAACCUGUUGCUUGAACUUUAUGCUGAUCCUCAGACUACACUAGAAGUAGCCCUCAAGAAAGUUAGCAAGGAAUUGGGACUGGGUCAGGUGUCAUCCAGUCUGCUUAGCAUUUACCGCUGGGGCCAGCAAGUGGUGGACCUCCCUGCAGACCAUCCAGCUCUCCCUAUCACUAUGCAGAUGUACUUCAUGCUUCAUCUGGCCCGAGUGCCACCACAGCCAAGACAGUACGAGUGCAGCAGUGUGAUCAACCGCUUUUAUCAAGGCUUCGUAAAUCAGUCCUUCCUCAAUAAGAUCAAAAAGAAAGUUACUGCUGCUUUGGAGCACCAUGAGGCUGUGAUGGCCAAGGAGAGUGAUGAGGAUGAGAAAGAUGCAUCACACAAUGUACAGGUUGCAGAAAGAGUGAAACUUCUACGUGCUAUGCAGUCAUGGCUAGAGGAAAGUCGAUUGUAUGAUUCUGGUGUUUAUCUUCCUGCUCUUCCACCCAACCUACUUCCUAAGAAACUAAUGCAGGUGUUCCAGGCUAACUGGGAGCCCUGGCCAGAAGCUGUUGAUGUUGAUGCAACGGAAGAGGCAGGAAGACGACUCCUCAGAGUCUGGGACCAGUAUCGCAAAAAGGCCAGUUUUAGCAGCACUGUGGGUCUAUCUCCUUCUGCGUCUCCAAAUCGACAAGGCAGACAAAGCAAUCCUGAUCAGAGGACAGUUCCCCGUAAAACCCCUACUGAAGCAAUCCUCAAACGACUGACUACAUAUGAGUCUCCACAACCACCACCUCCCAUUCCACCCAUGAGUCCUCUCCAUCUUCCACAUAUCCAUGACAGCACUCUGAUUGACCAGGAUGCUCUUCUCUACCUGGUGCAGAGGUAUACAGGAUUGGUAGUUGAACACUCUCAGACUGUGAAUCUUUGGUGCAGUGAGCUGUGUGCUCUUGACUGUGUCUAUAGAGAAUUGGUCCCACAGCUGUGGUCAAAUGCACACACCAAAACAAUUCUCACUGCUGCUUGCACACCACCAAAAGUUGGCAGAAAGCAACCAGAAUGUAGUGGGCAUGCAAGUAUUGUUAUGGAGUUUUCGGAAGCCCGUUUAAACGAGGGCAUCAAAGUACGCAUUGACCAGAACCGUGAACAACAUGAUGUAGUACUGCAGAGAUGCCAGAAACCUCCACCAUUACAGUUGUGUCAAGCUGCAGUAAGCCUAGAAGCUAUCAUUACUGUCCUGGUUAAUGAGUUCCGUAGGACAGACAAGAAUACUAAUAAGCAAAAGUGGCAGUUUCUACUAGCUAAUGGGAGACAGCUUUUCUAUCAUAUAGUUCAGUUAACAUCAGAUGACACCAGCUUCUACCCACCUGCCAAACAGCUUAUCUCCUCAUGUGCUGGCAUUCUAGGACAGGAAUUUGUCCGAGGACAUGCAGACUGCCAGGAGAGUCUUGUUGCUCAAGUGCUAGAAUGGGGAGGAAAACUAGGGGGUCUCCUUGCUCCACACUUCACCCCAUAUGUUACUCCAAAACAUGUCUUUUUGAUGUUAUACUCAACUCUCAGCCCAUAUGCUCCUUCAGCUCCAGACCACACCUUUAUGCUCCUGUCAAAGUUCGACAUCGAGAGAUGGCUAGCAGAGUCAAGUCCAAAUUCGAGUGACAGAUCAGAAUUGAUCAACACCAUAGCUGCAGCUUUUAUGUCUCUCUUACCAGGACCAAACCCAACUCUUCUAAUGGUGCUUGAGCUUUAUCGAGUCCACCUUCGAAGCCUGCUAGCAUUCAAGUUUCCUGAGCACUACACAGAGGUACUCAAUGUUAUGUUGCAGAUUUCUGCCUCUACACAAGAAGACUGUGGAGGUGUAAGUUCUGGCCUCUGGUAUGAUCUGAUGAACAAGAUAUCUGUAGGCAUCACCACCUUUAGUCCUGAAAUGGAACGAAAUGCUUUAAAUCAAGCCAUCAAAGAGUAUGCACAGCAUCAGACGAUCCUGUCACCGUGUAUGGUGGAGGAUACCUUAAAGAUGCUUUCGAAUUACUUUGUGAAGCAGCGUCUUGAAUUUGGCUUGUAUGGUCUCUAUCCCAAGUACCGACUUCAUACUCAACCUAUUGCCACCUUUUUGGGGCUGAUUUCACAUGCCUACAUCAUCUCUGCCUUUCACACAAAAUACGGUACUCCACAAGAGGAAAUCGUACGGGAAGUCUGGUCAGGGGUGGAUAGCCUCUGGGCUGGAUGGGUGACACCACUUGGAGGACGCGAUCGUCAGUCUUUCUCUCCUUGGUUGCGUCAUCUCACUCACGACAUACGCUUACUACUCCCAUGGGCCCCUAGUGAUACAAGCUCAGCUGAUGCCAUGGUAGCAAUGUUUGCAGCUUCUAUUGGCUUUAUGCAUGAACUUCUGCCAGGAAGCAGUGUGUUGUCCUUGACCCUAGAGUACUAUUGUACCAUGUUUGCUGCACAGGAGGUCAAGAGUCAUGUGCUGGCGGUCAUCCAUGCUCACUUCUCCGCCCUGCCAUGGCAUCACCUUCACCCGUCCCUCCAAGACACGCUUAUUUUUACUAAGGUUGUUGAGCAGUACCUGCCAGAGUGCCAUAACUUUAUUGGUGGUGUUCUUGUACAAAUUAAUUGGAAUAAGGUAGUCCAGUCAGCUAUGUCUCCAACAUCAAGUUCUACAGCAGAAGCCCAAGGGCAAGGCCAGGAGGCACCAAGUGCUGUCAAACUCCAUACUUGCUUACUUAACCUGCUGGUCAGGAUAUCCAUGGAGCCCAGUGUGAGACAGUCAUCACUUCUGCAAACAUUAUUGCUAGAAGCAGAAUCUUUCUCCUGGUGGCUUGUGGACAGUGAGAGUUUCCAACGUGUUGUCAACUGGUGGGUCAUGAGUUGCGACCCAAGAAUUGUUCUUGCUCUUCCUGACCGUAACCCAGUGGAUGUUGCUAUCAUUCA